ACAGUGUCUACCCCGCUCUAGGGCUUCUUUAACGAUACUAGGAAUAAAAAAAAAAAUUCCAUCACGCGAUCUCCGAGUUUCGCUUUCUUCGCGGUUCGAAUCUAUACAGCAAGAAAAAAUCUCCGUAGUUAGCCUCUCGGAAGGUGCACAAAUUGUUGCCUUGCAAACGUGUUUCGUUAGACACAUAAGAUGCCACAGACAAAGGCAAAUGCAUUAUCUGCUGGUAAGCCAGUUGAACCUCAAAAGUUAAGUGAGCUGGAAAAGGCAGUCGAAUCUGAAGAGAAGGUUGAUCUUGAUGAAGACGAUGAGCCUGAGGAGGAGGAGGAGGAGGAGGAGGAGGAGGAGGAGGUUGAGUAUGAAGAGGUAGAGGAGGAGGAGGAAGUUGAAGAAAUUGAAGAAGAGGUGGAAGAAGAAGAGGAGGAACUGGAAGAAGCCGAAGAGGAGGAUACUAAUAAUGCUAUUGGAGCUGAUGUACAGAAAAACAAUAGCGGUGGUGAGAUGAAGGUUGAAGAUGGGGACGAGAAGAAAAAACAUGCUGAACUUCUUGCCCUUCCUCCACAUGGUUCUGAAGUAUACAUAGGCGGCAUUCCCCAUGAUACUUCGGAUGAGGAUUUGAGAGUUUUUUGUGAAUCUGUCGGAGAAGUGGGAGAGGUUCGAAUUAUGAAAGGCAAAGAUUCAGGUGAGAACAAGGGCUUUGCAUUUGUGACCUUUAGAAGUACAGAAUUAGCAUCUAAAGCUAUUGAUGAGCUGAGUAACAAAGAAUUUAAGGGUAAAAAAAUAAAAUGUUCAACGUCAAAAGCAAAGCACCGUUUAUUCAUUGGUAAUGUUCCUAGAAGCUGGGGAGAGGAGGAUCUGAGGAAAGUUGUCACUGAGAUAGGACCCGGAGUUACUGCUGUGGAACUGGUUAAGGAUGUAAAGAACACCAGCAAUAACAGAGGCUUUGCUUUUGUUGACUAUUAUAAUCAUGCAUGUGCUGAGUAUUCAAGGCAAAAGAUGAUGAACCCACAAUUUAAGCUAGGUGAUAAUGCCCCAACCGUGAGUUGGGCUGACCCAAAAAAUGCUGAUUCUUCUGCUUCUUCACAGGUGAAGGCAAUAUACGUGAAGAAUUUGCCAAAGAAUAUAACACAAAACCAGUUAAAGAAGCUUUUUGAACAUCAUGGUAAAAUCACAAAAGUGGUUCUGCCACCUGCCAAAUCUGGAAAGGAAAAAAGUAGAAUAGGUUUUGUACAUUUUGCAGAGAGGUCAAUUGCUAUGAAGGCACUGAAGAAUACAGAAAAAUACGAACUAGAUGGCCAAGUUUUGGAGUGUUCUCUUGCAAAACCACAAGCAGAUGAAAAGGCUGGAGGGUCAAAUUCACAGAAGUCAGGAUUGCUUCCAAAUUAUCCCCCUCGUGUUGGUUAUGGUAUGGUCGAUGGUGCCUAUGGUGGUCUUGGUGCACGAUAUGGUGCUGCAGGCUUUGCACCGCCAAUGAUCUAUGGAAGGGGACCAACUCCUGGCUUGUCAAUGAUGCCAAUGCUUCUGCCAGAUGGACGGAUUGGAUAUGUUUUUUUUGAGUUACAAUCUUCAUCAGAAUCGCUCCCUGAAAAGCUACAACUGGCAACAGCCAGGAGCACAACCACAUAUUGCUUCACAUCAAAGAAGUGUCAUCAGGGGUGGUGGUGGAAAUGGCAACAAGAGUAGUGUCAGUUCAAGCAGGGGAAGGCACAACAAUGAUGGUGGCCAUGGGCGCAGGUAUCGCCCAUAUUAGUAGCCCCUCUUAGUGUGAAAAAUUAUACAUCAGGAAGUGUUUGUUUUAAUCCCAAAAGCCUAAAUAUUGUUAUAUAUAUAUAUAUCUGAAUUUUGCAGUUAUCUUAAUUAUUGAAGGAAGUUAUGGUAUUCUUAUACUUUGGUCAGUCUUAAUUACUUUAGGAAUUUCAGUUGUUUUGAGAAAUUACAAUUUGUACCACAAAUUCUCACUUCCUAUUUUGUAAUGUGGAAUCAAACUAUCGCUUUAG